AUGGCCAAGUACACGACAUACAGGAUUCGCGGUAUACCCAUCGGCUGGGCCGAGGACACGACUGAGGCACGAAUCAAAGAUGCCCUAUCGACGACGGGCUUCGUGCAAGUCAAAUUGAGGUCCUUAGCCGUCGAUCUGUCCCGGCCAGCCGAGUCUGUUGCAACCGUAGAUUUCGCAAACACGCCCGAGGGACUUUCCGUCUCCAAUGGCGUCGACGAAUGGCGAAUUCAAAUCGCCGAUGGGCCUUUACUGUUCUUGGACACGCACUUUCGUGGCUGUACUCCUCUCUAUUGUCCGUCACAAGAGAGUUGGAGAUCCGAUUUGGUUGCGAUAUCCGGGUUGAAUGGUCACGCGUUUGGCGCCCUCAAGAAGAAGAAAGAUUCCUACAUGUGGCUCCGGGAUGAUCUCCCCAGAGACUUGCGUGAGACGAGAAUCAUCAUCUAUGGAUACGACACGAGGCUUGAGGGCAGUCAUUCCUUCCAGAACGUAUCGGAUAUCGGGAUCAAGUUUCGGAGCGCUCUGCGGGGUAUUCGAAAGCCUGAUCCCUCGAAACCACUGCUUCUUCUCGGUCAUAGCCUUGGUGGCAUCAUCAUCAAGGAGGCAAUCCACAAGAUGCGUAUCAGCCCAACCGAAGCCGACUAG